UUUCUGGAAAAUGAAUUAAUUCGUUUUAAUCAACUAACAUAUAAACAAUUAAUUUCAAGAGUACAGUGAAAUAAAAACGUUUAAGUAGUGAAGAGGAGUACAGAAAUGGACGACAUUGCUGAGGAGCCCGAUGGCUCCUGGGCGCAAUCAACAAACGAGACUUUAAAAAGAUCAAAAAUGGACAGUCAAAGCAAUGCUAGUAAUAUUUAUAUAAAACCGUUAAAUACAAGCCAAAAGGCAUUAAAUAUAACUCAAAAAGCAAUAAAUACACACCAAAAACCAACAGAAAGAAUACCAAUAAAAUACGACGCAGAACAUAACGGGCCAUUCGUAGUAUACAUCGACAAAAUAACGGAACAUGAAAGGAAACCAAUAAACGCAGUAGCAGUCACAAACACUCUAAAGAAAAAUAAAUUUGAUGAAAUUGAUGAUGUGAUUAAGGUGGGAUUUGGAAGAGUAAAGGUGAUCUGCAAAAAAGCAGAGGUGGCCAACAAUAUUUGCAAUGAUAUGAGUUUAAGAGACAAAGGAUAUGAAGCCAAAAUACUACAACAUUGCAUUUCAAAAAUAGGCAUAAUGUUUGAUAUUCCAACUGAAAUUACAAUGGAAGAACUGGAAGAGGAAAUCAAAUCUAGCAUCCCGAUACUAAAGUUGGUAAGAGUAGAGAGAAGAGAUAAAGAGGAUAAGGAGAUUAGAAUCCACACUAGGAGAGUAAAGGUGGUCUUUAAAGGUCAAACCAUUCCGGAGCACAUAAUCUAUGCCUAUACCAGGAUACAGGUCAAACCAUUCGUAGUGCUGUCCCAGUGCUACAGAUGCUUCAGAUAUAACCACUUCGCACAACACUGUAAAGAGAAAUAAAAAAGAUGUAAUAAAUGUUUUCAGUUGCACGUAGAGAAUGAACCAUGCAAGCAGAUUGUUUGUGUGAACUGCAAACAUGCACAUCCACUUACAGCAAAGGACUGUCCAGCACGAGUAAAGGCGUACAUUAUUAAAAGAACAAUGACGCUGGAAAACAGUACUUACAAAGAAGCCCACAAUAAAGUCGCAAACAUUUUAGGUAACAGAUUUGAACUUUUGAACGGGGAUGAUCGUCAAUUCCCACAGUUAUCCUCACGUGCAGCGAACAACAUAAUGGAUACAGGAAAACAAACUGCAGCAUUUAUCCAUAAAUUAGUACCAUACUCUAAAGCAUUAAAGAACAAUAACCUAAAUAGACAAAGAGAAGAAGCAAAUGCUAGGAAUACCAUGCAAGAAUGGAGAGAAGCUAUAAAACCGAUUAAUUCAAAUGAUAUUACUAUAGAGCCUAGAAAAAUACAAGAAACUCAGGAAACAUUUAACGAAUUAAGCUUAGCCAUAACCAAGCAUCUGACCUCAAACAUAAAUGACAGACUAAAUCAUAACACAGUAGAACUACAGAGCAACAUUCGGACAGCUUUUAACAAAAUUAAUAAUUUAUUUGAUAGCGCCUUGAUUUUCAGCAAUACAAAUGUCAGCACCAAUAAAAAUUCUACAAUUGAACAUUCAAAGCUUGAAAAAGCAAGGCAAUAAGGAAUUAUUAGAAUUAUGUCUGCACAAUAAUGAAAUAGAUAUUGCAAUUUUAGCGGAAACAUGGUUAACUAAUAACACAGACACUAGUAUAAACAAUUACUACUAUGCGUCUUCAAAUCGAACAGAUGGAUUUGGUGGUGUAGGAAUAUACCUCCGGAAAAAUAUCAAAUUUUCGGUUUUUAAAGUCUCUUGCGGGAUAGAAAAUAUAGGGAUCACUACAAUAAAUUUAAGAAAAAAUAUCAAUAUUAUAAGUGUAUACUGUCCACCUAAUAGUCCAACUCAAAACUUCAAAAAUGAAAUAGAUAAGCUUUUUGUAUAUACAAGACAAUUAAGUAAUUUAACACUAAUAGGAGGAGACUUGAAUGCCAAAGCAUCAGGAUGGAGUGCUCAGGUUUCAGAUGCAAGAGGCAAAAUACUGGAAAAUAUAGCCACGGAUAACAGUUUCAACUGCCUAAAUGAUGGAACACCUACUUUUUCUACUAAUAAUUCAACAUCUGCAAUAGACGUCACAUUCAUCAAUCAAAACAUUUCUACUACAUGGAAGAUAUUAACAAAUUAACAAAUAGUAAUCAUAGCCCAAUAAUUAUAACCUUAUUUGAUAAUUUUCAAAAAAAAAAUAAAGAAAAAUCAUGUGCUUAUGAA